UGGCAGCUCGCAAUCUUACAUUGCUUGCAGUCCAUGUCAGUUUUAGACGGAGAAAUACGUCAGAAAGCUUGGUCUUCAUACAAACGAACAAACGACCUGUUUGCACGCCCUCCCUUAUCUAUCCUGGCCCGUGACGGCCCACGCAUAAUAUCCCGCUACAUGUUACAGGCGCAGUCACUUCGCGCCUGUCGCUGUUCCGUCGGUAUCUGAUAUCCUUGACUUGGAUACGAUGCGAUGAUGCCGCUAUCUCUUUUUGCUUCUUCCCACCAUCCUCUCCCGCGCCAACCGGGAAGCAGCGCGGAUGUCGGUCCGUUCGUCAAUGUGGUUACGUGGGUUCUCUUGAUUACUUCCGCGUCGGCGGUUCUGACUAGGCUUGUUACCAAGCGUGCUCUGAGGAGGAGCUUGGAUAUUGACGAUGUUUUUGUCCUGCUGGCUUUGGUUGCUACUAUCGGGUCUGGUGUAUCUGUCAGUAUCCAGACGCGUAAUGGUCUUGGACGAGACAUUCACUUGUUGACGGACGGCCAGAUCUUGGCGUAUCAGAAAGCUGAGUAUGCAAACAAGCUGCUGUACAUUGCAACUCUCUGUUUCGCGAAAAUGUCCAUCAUCUCGCUGUUGAAGAUCUUGACCACCUCAAAAGUACAUCGGAACCUAGGAUUGCUACUCACCGUCUUCAUCGCUUCCUGGAGCAUCCUGUCCGGACUGGUAUCGGCGUUUCAGUGCGGCGCUGCAGAGCCAUGGCGCUUUCUUGGGGGAAAUGAGAGAUGCUUCAACUUAGCCGCCUUUUGGCAGACCGUGGGCGUCAUGAACAUACUCACGGACCUGGCCCUCAUACUGUUCCCAGUGCAUGUUAUCAUGACGCUGCAAAUGAGCAUGAGCAAGAAAGUUACUAUCUUGACGUUCUUCGGUGCACGUUCACUUGACAUCGUAGCAUCAGCUGUCCAAAUGAUAUUCCUCCACGGCUUCACUUCACCCAAUCCGACGAAAGACCUCUGGAAAUGGACACUCGUCACCCAGAUCAUUGAGUGCAUCACCAUCCUCACAUCAUGCGUACCCUACCUACGACCGCUCCUGGAGUCCGUCCCAUCAGGUCUCUAUGGUACCGACGAGAUACGACGCCGGGGCACGACUACAGAGCACGGCUACUCCCGGAAUAAAAGCGAUUCGUACCAGCUCUCUAGUGUUGCCUCGAAAGUCGGUGGCGGAACGAGACAUAGCCGUAAGAGUCAGGUAGAAAGCGGCGGGCUCAAACGCUUCUUACCAAUGUUGUCGCAUAAUAGAACGACACAUGCGAAUUCUGCAUCGGGUAUUCCUGGAGGCCCCCCGCGACCUGACGGCGAGAUGGAUGUCGAGAUAACGGCUGUAUAUCAUAAACAUGGGGUCGAGAAGCAGUGGGAUAACAAGAGAUGGGAGACUGCAAGCACCGGGAGCCUUUCUAAGAUCUUGAAGACUACUGUUGUUAGCGCACAGUGGGAGGAGGUAGAUCCAAAGCGUAGCGAUGCUUCCAGUGAUGCAAUUGCGAUUUUGCGUUGAUUUGUUUUAGCUGGGGUAAUUUUGCGGUAGCAUCAAGAGUCCUAUACCCAUUGAGAAUGUGCUGUAACCCAA